UUGACGGUAAUUUCUAAAUCAGAGUAAACCUUAAAUGGAGCCAAAUCUUAAGUUGGGCAUAUAAAUAUUAAUAAAGAUUUUUAUAUUACAGGGUAAUCUUUACAGUGCCUUGCUUAAUAUACAGAUUUCAGUGCAUUGAUAUCAAAAGUAAUAAUUUAUCACAAGUCAACAACUUUUUAAAUAUUGUUUUCUUACGAGUGAAAUAACGAACGUUUUUAUAUAUUGGACUUUUUUGAAAUCAGAAACUAUAACGUUUUGUAAAAAUGGAUCAAAUGCUACCAAGUCCUUACAACAUACCGGGUAUAGGUACCCCAUUACACCAACCUGAAGAAGACCAACAAAUUUUGCCAAAUGCUAUGCAGCAACAGCAUCAACAACAACAACAGCAACAGCAACAACAACAACAGCAUUCCUUGGUAUCCUUAGGCUCUUCACCUUUAGUUGGAUUUGGUUCCUCCAUUAUGGGUACUCCUCAAAGAACUAUGCACACUUAUGCUCCAACAGCAAGCUAUGCAACACCUCAACAGAUGAUGCAGCCACAGACACCGCAAAAUUUAAUGUCACCAAUGAUCACUGGAGGUAGUAUAGCAGGGCAACCUAUAUUAAGUCAAGCAAGCCCAGCACCCAUGACCCCCAUGACUCCACAUUCUGCUGACCCUGGAAUAUUACCACAGUUACAGAAUAUUGUUUCCACAGUGAACCUUAACUGUAAAUUAGAUUUGAAAAAAAUUGCUCUUCAUGCACGUAAUGCUGAAUAUAAUCCGAAACGGUUUGCAGCUGUCAUAAUGAGAAUUCGUGAACCGAGAACCACGGCACUUAUAUUCUCUUCUGGAAAAAUGGUCUGCACAGGUGCUAAAAGUGAAGAAGAUUCACGCCUGGCUGCCAGAAAAUAUGCCAGAAUUAUUCAAAAACUUGGUUUUACAGCAAAAUUUUUGGACUUUAAAAUACAAAAUAUGGUGGGCAGUUGUGAUGUUAAGUUCCCUAUUCGUCUUGAAGGUUUAGUACUAACUCAUGGACAAUUCAGUUCCUAUGAACCUGAACUUUUUCCUGGACUUAUUUACCGAAUGGUUAAACCUAGAAUAGUAUUAUUGAUUUUUGUCUCUGGUAAAGUAGUGUUAACAGGAGCAAAAGUGCGUCAAGAAAUAUAUGAAGCAUUCGAUAAUAUUUACCCAAUAUUAAAAAGUUUUAAAAAACAAUAGGUAAUAAAAUAUUUUUAUAAGCUGUUCUUAUU